GAUGAUAAGAAGCUUUCGGUUAACCUCUUUGCUCUCGGCCGCUAAACCUCUCCGCUCUUUUGCUUGUUCAUCUUCUCCGGCGAGAGUAGCACCGCCAUGCGCGUCGUUUGCAGAGGAAAAAUCAAGUCCACCACCAAAUUCUCUUAGUAUAACUCCUCCCAAGACUCCGCUAUUCCUUACAAAGCCGUCGCACGCAGCUCCUUUGUCGGAGGUUUGGAAAUGGCACGACUGGGCGAAAGAUCUCGCCUCCUCCGUAGAUAAUUCUUCAACCAAGGCUGAAGACAGCCUCGACUCUAUCCUCCUCCUCCGCGAGCUGAAAUGGCUAAUCGAAGACUCGAUCGAAGCCGAUCAUCCGGUGAUUACCGGAACGGAAGUAACGUACGACGGAGAGAAGAGUGUGAAGCUGAGAGCGUCGUUGGAGGAGCUAUACGAUCUAUGGCGUCAGAGGAUAGAGAAGCGGCGGCCGUUUCAGUACGUGGUGGGAUGCGAGCACUGGAGAGAUCUGGUGCUGUGCGUCGAGGAAGGUGUUCUUAUUCCGAGACCAGAGACGGAGCUCAUCGUCGAUAUGGUGGAGAAAGUGGUAACGAGAGACGAAUGGUUUAAGAGAGGGACUUGGGCCGAUCUCGGAACAGGAAGCGGCGCGAUUGCGAUCGGCGUUGCUAGAGUCUUGGGUGGUUGUGGGAGAGUUGUAGCCACAGAUCUCAGUCCCGUGGCGAUCGCCGUUGCGGGAAACAAUGUUAAAAGAUACGGCCUUGAGGGAGUGAUUGAAGUAAGAGAAGGUUCUUGGUUUGAGCCAUUGAAAGAACUUGAAGGAAAGCUUGUGGGGCUUGUGAGUAAUCCACCGUACAUACCAAGUGAUGACAUUCCAGGUUUACAAGCUGAGGUUGGUAGACACGAACCGAAACUUGCGUUGGACGGUGGUGUCGAUGGGACUGAUAGUCUUCUCCAUCUUUGUGAUGGGGCUUCUCGGAUGCUUACGAGCGGCGGCUUCUUCGCUUUCGAGACCAAUGGAGAGAAGCAAAGCAAGAUGAUCGUUGAUUACAUGACCGUUGAUCUCAAGAACAGUUUCUCUGAUGUGAAGAUAGUUUCUGAUUUUGCUGGAAUCUGUCGGUUCGUGACUGGCUUUCGUCUCUGAGAUUUAAAUCUACUCACUGUGGUGCCAUUUCCCUAUAAUAUAUGUACUAAUUGAGCUACAAAAUGUAUGGAGUUGUGAAAUUAUUUUUUUGCUCAAAA